AUGGCCGCCCGCAAGUCGCUGCUCAUCCCGGUCCACAAGAGCGAUGAGAUCGUCGAGAUGUUCUCGGACGAGCUGCCGGAAGACGCCAACGACAUCAUGGAGAUCCUCCGCGCCGAGAUCGCGCCGCUGGAGGUCUGGCUCAACUUUGCCGUCGAGUACUACCUGCAGGGCAAGGUCGCCCAGUUCGAGCAGAUCUUUGACCAGGCCACCAUGUCGGACGCCGACGAGAUCUACCACGACGAGGCCGCGCGCAUGAGCCGACUCAAGAUCCUCAACGCAUGGGCGUGCCACCACAUCAACACGAUGUGGAAGGAGGACGACGACCGGAAGCGCGAGGUUCCAUCGCAGAAGGCGGCCGCGCUCUUCCAGAAGGCCGAUCGCAUCGAUCCGCAGUGCAUCACGACGCUGACAGGCAAAGCGCUCAUGUUUAUGGCCAAAGGCGAGGACGAGCGCGCCGAGCGCUUCCUCCGGACCGUUCUCCAGGUGCAACCCGAGAACCUCUCGGCGAUCCUCGCGACCGCGCUCCUUCAAGUGCGCAAGCGCAAGUUUACCGAAGCGAAAAAGCUCUACUACGACGCGAUCGCGCUGCACCCGCAGUCACCCCAAGCUGCGCGCAUGCGCAUGGCGUUUGCGUACUGUUGUUACCAGAUGGGCUGCGUCGACAAGGCGCGCGCGGUCAUGAAGUACGCGGCCAAGCUCGACGAUAGCUACGUCGAUGCGAUGAUGGCCAACGCGAUCUGGCAGCUCGCGACGCUCAGCCCGAGCGAGCGCGCGCGCAACAUGCAGAACGAAGGCUCGCGCUUCAUGACGAUGGUGCACCACGCGCACGCGCUCGACAAGACGCACCCGUCCGUCUUGAACCACUUGGCCAACCACUACUUCUUGCAGUGGUCGCCGCUGCCAGGCACGGCGGCGGUCGAGCGCGGUUCGUCGACCGUGGUCACGUCGCACGAUCUCUCGACCGACUUGGCGCCCGGGCAUCUCAUUAGCCUCGGGAGCAAGUUCUUUUGCUACGUCGUCGCCAUCGACGCGGCAAAAAACACGCUCGUAAUCGACGUGCCGUACAGCGGCCGCACGCGCAGCGGCGUCAGCGUCAGCCGCAAGAUGUACGACCAGAUGUUUGCCCUCGCGGCCAACGCGUACCACAACACGCUGACGAAAGAGCUUCGCGCCGAGAGCUGCUACCUCAUGGGCCGCGGCCGCCACGCCGAAGGCAAGUACGCGGACGCGUAUGGGUACUACUUCAAGGCGAGUCAGCUCAUGCCGACGCUGGCGUCGCCGUGGCUGGGCCUCGCCCAAAUGUACUACCAGCAAAACCAGCUCGAUAAGGCCACUGCGUACCUCGAGAAGACGCUCAAGGCGUACCCGGACAACACGGACGUCCUCCUCUUUCUCGCGCACGUCUACAGCAAGACGAACCGCAAGACGGACGCGAUUGCGCACUACCGCCGCGUGGCGGACAUUGACCCGGGCAACGUCAACGCGCUCAUUGGCGUCGCCGACAUCCUCCACGUCUCGGACGAGCGCACGGACCAGCUCGCGGCGAUUUCGUCGUUCUUGGCGGCUGAAAAAGUGCUCGAAACCUCCAACGAGCGUGUGCCCAUGGAGCUCUUUGUGAACCUCGGGUCGCUCCACAUGCGUGUGGGCGAUUUCGACGCAUCGCUCGCGUGCUACCGCCGUGCGCUUGGCAUCGAGGCGACCGCGCCGCUGCCAGCGGUCAACGAAGACAACAUCACGGUCCUCUACAACAUGGCGCUGGUCUACGAGCGCUGCGGCGACUUGGCCGUGAGCACCGCGCUGUACGACGACAUUGUGGCCACGUUCCCGGGCUACCACGACGCGUCGCUGCGCCUCGCGCUGCUCAAGCGCGACCAAGGCCGCUUUGACGAGGCCGUCCGGCUGCUUGAGGAGACGCUGGCGCGGGACCCGACGCAACAUGCACUACCAGCGCCGCGAGUGGAAUUUGGCGCAGAAAAGUACGAGACGGUGCUUGGCAUCAAGCUCGAGAACGGCGCGAACCUCAAGAACGAUCCGUACUCGUUCCUGGCGAUGGGCAACAUCUUUAUGAGCAACAUUGGCGAGCGCGGCCGAUACAUGAAGAACAUGGCGCUGAGCGAGACGUACUACAAGCGCACGCUGCAGAGCCACCCGUUCAACGUGCAUGCGGCCAACGGCAUUGGCAUCAUGGUGGCCGAGAAGGGUCAUCUGGACAAGGCCAAGAUGAUCUUUGCCGAGGUGCGCCAGGCGUGCCCCGACAUGCCGGAUGCGUGGAUCAACCUCGCCCACAUCUACAUGGCCGAAGAGCGCUACGACGAAGCGAUCCAGCUCUACCAAGUGUGUUUGACCAAGCACUACAACGGCCAAGACAUCCAAGUCCUCUUGUACCUCGCCAAGGCCUACUACGAGGCGAAGCGCCACCUUGAGUGCAUUGCAGCCUUGACGAAAGGGCUGCACUUGAUGCCGGGCGACGCGCGGUUGUGGUACAACCUUGGUCUUGCCCAAGAAGAGUUUGCUGUCUUUGCCCUCGGUGAUGGCGACGCCAGCAACACCAAGGCAGCGCUGCAGAGCCACCGGACGCUAGCCGACGUCCAACGCGCUAUCUCGGACCUCCAGCGGGCCAUGCGCAUCUUCCAGAUGCUCGCGACCGACACGAAGAAGGCGCCGGCGUACGACUUGGAGAAGGUCAAGGACCACGCGCGGUUUUGCGCCGAGACGCUCGACAAGGCGUCGUACCAUCUCGAGUUUGAGCGCCAGCGGGAAGAGAAGCGCAAGGCCGAGGCCGAGCAGCGCCGCCGCCUCAUGCUCCGCGACGAAGAGGAGCGUCUCGAGAAAGAGGCGGCCGAGCGCGCGCGCUUGAACGCUGCCGAGGAGCGCAAGAUGGCGGUCUUGCGUCAGAACGAAGAGCGUUUGCGUGCGGCCAACGCAACGUGGAAGACGCGCGAGACGGAGGAGAAGCAAAAGGCCGCCGCGCCCAAGAAGGGCAGCAAGAAGCGCAAAAAGACCGACGGCGACAAGAGCGACCACAGCGACAACAGCGACAACAGCGACGACGAGGCCGCGGGCCCGAGCCUCUCGAUCGCCGACAUGCAGAACCGCAACUCGAAGAUGAAGAAACUCGUGGAGAAGCGACAGAAGAAGGCCUCUGUCGACGACGAAGACGAUUUGUUUGGUUCCGACUCGGAUGACGACGCGGGCGAGAAGGCGGCGCCAGCGACCACGGCCAACGCCAGCGACCUCUUUGGCUCCGACUCGUCCGACGACGAGUAGAUUCGGUGGAUGCUACUACGUUGUGUGAAUUCCAGUGCAUAUCGCGUCGCGUUGGUCCCUCUUGCGCCGGCUAAAACCCAC